UCUCCCUCCUUCCCCCCUCAGCGCACGUCUUGCCACAACCUACACAUCCCCUUCCCCAAUUCACUGAAUGCCUCUGAGGAUCGGCGUUCUCUUCCUGGCUCUGCCUGCACGCGCCUUCCAUAAACAGCUCUAUUCAACGCGUUUCGGCGGCAUCGCUUCAUCAUCGGUGUUGGCUUUCAGUUCAACAGCAUCAGCACCGCUCACAGCAGCAGCAGCAGCAGCAGCAGCAGCAUCGGCACGCAGCAGCCCCGACUCCGCCACUUCGUCACGCCAAUACUGCACUACCAUGUCGUCUGAAGGAGAAUUUUCCAGCCGCUCGGUGGACCAGGUUGUCCUGUCCCGAGAGCAAGCGGAAGGCCAAGGGGCUCGAGUCCGCCGGAGCAUCGGCGGCGUCGCUCUCCGCAACUUCGAUCCCUUCCUCAUGCUCGACGAGUUUGACGUUGCCACGACGGCAGGCUUCCCUGACCACCCGCACAGGGGCUUCGAGACGGUGACCUACAUGCUCAAGGGCAUCAUGGAGCACGAAGACUUUUGUGGCCACAGGGGAAAGAUCGGACCUGGCAGCCUGCAGUGGAUGACAGCGGGGAAGGGUAUCGUGCAUGCCGAGAUGCCAACCGGACCAGACCGUGGGCACGGUCUCCAGCUGUGGGUCAACCUCAAGAGCGGCGACAAGAUGGUGUCCCCGGCUUACCAGGAGCUGAACGCCGAUGAGAUUCCCAGAGCGACAAAAGACGGCGUGACCGCCAUCGUCAUCGCGGGAGAAGCCCUGGGCAUCAGCUCCCCCGUCCAAACCAGAACGCCCACCCACUACAUCCACUUCAAGAUGGAGCCCGGGAGCGAACUGAAGCAGCCGAUCCCUACCAAUAUGAACGGGUUCCUGUAUAUUCUUGAGGGCAAGGCUGCGGUCGGGCCCGGCAGAGAGGAAAAGGAUCAGAUUCAAGCCCACAACACGGUCACCCUCACCAAGGGGGGCUCCGGCGUGCUGGUGAAGACGUUCGACUCCUCGGCCGACUUUGUCCUGGUCUGCGGGGAGCCCACCAACGAACCGGUCGUGCAGCAUGGGCCCUUCGUCAUGAACACUCGCCAGGAGAUCCAGGAAGCGAUGCUAGACUACCAGAGCAGCAGCAACGGCUUCGAGAAUGCGUCCAAGUGGUACUCUGAGAUCGGGCUUCCCAUGACACACGCCGACCGGCGCCGCUGAGAGCUUGGAUGACAAUCGGCCGUUGAUAGUUUUUGUCCGAGUGGGCUCUAUUGAUUUGGCCGUUCCGUCGAUGUAAUUCGGACAGAGAAGAAGUAUUGUAGCCCACUUCUUCUGUUGUCUUUGUUGUCAUGACGUGGGCGCACAUGGGUUGUGAAACAGCGCAUCACGUUGUGUCUCGUGUAUUUCUGUUGUAGCAUAGAGAGAGUGCAGCUGGGGCCCGCACUCAAGAAAAACAUGAAAUAUGUUCCGAAAAAGAACGUUGGAUUGCCACGAGAGAUGAGAACACUUGGCUACAGCUUUCGCGAAAAUUUGAGCACCUAGACUAUUUCUCACGGAAUACCGCUGUAGACUACAGCAAUAGUAGUGCGUUUUUUCGGGCCCGUCUUGUCAUGUUUCUCUUUGCCUUUUUUUUCUUCUUUUUUGUUGUUGACGAUUUCGUGUUAUACUGCUGUAGUUGCCCCGUGUAUCGCACACGCCAUGUCGCUUUUCCGCGAGAGCGCGUUGUCACCCUCUCUUCUGUCUUGGUGUGUGUGUGGAGAUGUUUGUGUUGCUUGGCAGAGAAGUAGCGCGGAUCGCCGCCUCCUGCUCAUGUACGACGUCAGAUAUGUAACAGCCGUGGAUGUAGUGGUCGCUUCGCAGAUGUAGUGACAUUACAACAUAAGGAGCCUGUAAAAAAGUUGCACCACAG